UCGGGACAAAUUGACAACGUAACAAACAUAAAAGUGACCGCGCCUGGCCAAUGCAUGACUUCAAGCAAAAUCAUGAAUGUUUUAGCCAUCAUUGGACAAAAACAGUGCAUUCGGAGUUGUUUACAGAAUCGUAAAUGCAAGUCUGUAAACUAUCGAAAACAACAAUUGAACUGUGAACUAAUUGCAGCAAAAUAUGGGGACCCGGGAGCUACUUUAGUUCUGGAUUCAGAGUGUGACUACAUUGAAAUGGAAAAUCAGCCACAGGAGCUGGCUGGAUCUUGUAAGUCAACAUCGUGUAAAGGGCAGUGCACUGCUCUGAGUAGAGGAAAAACGUUCUGUACAAAAGAAAAAUGUCCGACAUCAUGGAAGAUAAACGGAGAGAAGAAAUAUUGCUUUAUGAACAAUUCUCUUAAGUGGCAGGAUGCCAAGGAUAGCUGCAUUUCGAUGGAAGCACAUCUUCUGGCAAUAGAGACGGAGGCUGAACAAAUAUGGAUUCAAAACGAAAGUAUAUGCGUUUUCUUCGUUCAUUUUAAGUACUGA